GAGAAGCUAAAUUGGCGGUCUUGACAGCUUCGUACGAGCUUUAGAAAAGUAUAUUAGAGUCCAAAGGUUAUGUUAUAGUGACGGCUGUCCCUUGUCUUUCCCCCAUGGCCGAUAUCACCUCCUUAUUCGGCGCUGCGCUCCAGCGUCACGAUGUGUCUUUGGGCAAGACCAAGCUCACUCGAACUCAUACUACCGAUGAAUUUUUAAAGGAAGCAUAUAGAAUUGAAUCGCACAUUUCUUCACUCCAUGCCUACCUCCGUUCCAUCCGCCAAUCCUACCUCUCUACCUCACUCCCGCCACGACGGACCCAGCUAGGGCGGGCCAAUUCUCUGCACUCUCCGCAUGGCCAGGACAAGGAACGGCAAUAUCUGACAGACGCCAAUCGUGACGAGGUCGAUGCGGAGUCAAAAGCCGUCUUGCGACAGCUCAACGCAGCCAUUCGCAAUUUGUCCGAUGCCGAGCAAUUGCGACAGAAUACAGAAGCUACACUUACGCAACGACGGCGAGCCAAACAUGGGCUCGGUGCAAUCGGACGGUGGGCGGCAGGAGGUGGCCGUCAGGCAGCUAGCCCAGAAGAAGAGAUGGACGAGGCACGUGCAAAUGGGAUCAAAGUGCAUCGAGAGAGUGUGCUUUGGUAUCUACGAAGGAAACUUGAGGAGUGCGGCGAGCUCCAGCGGUCGAUGAUGGAGACACGAUUAACACGGGAGGUGGAGAAAAGCAAGAGCGCGCUAUACAAGGCGCGAGGGGCUCGUGGAGCAUGGGAAAUCGCUACAGGGACUGUUGAUGACGCAUCUUGGACGACACCUUCGCAGCAAGGGUCUGGUGCUGCAAAGGCUGCGCUGAUGGACACAGCGGAGAAAGAAGAGGUCGAGAGGCAACUGAGCCCGGAACAACUACAGCUGUUUGCGCAAGAGAACCAAAAUAUGCUAAAGCAUUAUGAGGACACGCUGGAUCAAGUCAGAAUGGCCGAAAGGUCACUGAUUGAAAUUUCAGAAUUGCAAACCACGCUGGCGACUAAUUUGGCAACUCAAUCAGCACAUGUUGAUCAAUUGGUUGCUGACUCGGACUUUACAACGGUGAACGUGGGAGGAGGAAACAAGGAAUUGAAACGGGCCAGUGAGAGGGCAAGCACGGCACGGAUGGUCUUUUAUGCAGCAUGCGGAUUGAGCGCAUUCUUAAUCACUUGGGAUUUGUUAAUUUGAGUGCAUCAGUAUAUACCUUGUUUAUACGUUGGGGCGUCUGGAUUAAAGUGGGGAACCAUCCCUGUGACAGUGGGAAAUUAAUGUAUAGAAUCUCAUCUUCAGUUCAUAACAAGCCAUCUGCAUGGACAGUC